UGUGCACUGCAGUUGUACAUCGUAUUCGUGGACAUUGGGCGUGGAAAGUGUUAUUUUUAGUUGUUGUGAAUCAUCACCAAAUCUACAAAAAAGUCAAGAUGUCUGGCCUUGCCAUGGAUAGUGAUGGACCUCAUACUGCUGUACUGGAAAAGAUUAGAGCUGGUUGCCUGAAGCGUGGUCCUUCUGGAAUCAAAUCCAUUCAGAGGACUUUCAAGAUUUAUGAUGAUAGUGGCAACAAACAGCUUGAAAAAUGUGAACUGAGGAAGGGCCUUGCAGAUUACGGUUUGACCAUCUCGGAAACUGAAGUGGACAGUCUGUUGGAUUAUUUUGAUAAAGAUCACAGUGGCAGUCUCAGCUUUGAUGAGUUCCUCCAGAUGCUUAGGCCCCCAAUGAGUGACAGUCGUAUCAAAUUGAUCAAUGCUGCAUUCGACAAACUCGACAAGUCCGGUGAUGGUGUAAUAACGCCAGCUGAUAUGAAGGGUAUUUACAAUGCCCGCAAACAUCCUAAAUAUUUGAAUGGACAGUGGGAGGAGAAGCAAGUGUUUGAGGACUUUCUGAAGACCUUUGAACCCGAUGAGAGCCAAAGGGAUGGAAAGGUGACACGAGAAGAGUUUCUGGCCUAUUACAGUGGUGUCAGUGCCUCCAUCGACCAGGAUUGCUACUUUGAUCUGAUGAUGAGAAACAGCUGGAAGUUGUAGAGUUCCAAGGGAACAAGAUGUCAGAAGGUACUUAAAUAAUUCCAGUCCUAGUGGACCCCAGCAUAUCGGGAGAGAAAAAGUCAAAUUAGGUGAAUUUGGCAUCUGAAAUAACGUCGUACUGGGUCUUGACCCAUAUUGGAAGUGGCGAUGGGUGUUAUCUGACAUUUUAUAUCGAGAUAAAUAACAGUAACAGUUCUCUGUUAAAAAUCAAUAUCUUUAUCAUGAAUGAACUUUGUUUAUUGUCAAUAUUGUUGUCCUAGAUUGUUGGCCAAGUCUGGGUCAUUAACAAAACUUCCGUUUUUUUCCAUGGGCAGGAUUUCCCCCAGAAAAAGCUUGUUGAGGAUUCAUUCUUAUCAUUAUCCCCUAUAUUUUCUGGAGGAAAGCCUGCAGGGGCUGCUUCCUAUAUUUUGAGUCCAGUAUUUCAUGUUUAAGAUAACUUGGUGUUUUAAAUGCAUGUCGAUUGUCCUAAGUGGGAAGUAUAUGGUAGGAAAUUCCCUGUGAAGUCUUGGUGCUUACCUGAUGGAUCGAAGAAAACGCAAUGUGUAACAAAAGUAUCUUUGAAAUUUUAUGGUUUUAGCUGGCUUAAAGGUUACGCCACUCGUUAAAAAUUUGAAAUUUGUUAAAAAUUUGAAAAUGGUAAUUGAGAAUUUCAAAUUGCAUUAAUAAGUGCUGCAUACGAUUUUGAGCAUUGCCAUUGUGAAGAACGAUAAACAAAUGCCAUAAAUAACAACUUCCAGCAAAUUUGCAUGCAUGAUGACUGCAGCACACCAUUAACUGCAUUUCGGCAUAGCCCUUUAAAAUGUUACAAGUCUAAUCAAAAGUGUCAGUAUUUGGGUCUAAUCCGUGUUUUCGAAAUGACUUUGAAAUUUCUACCCAAUGCUUCCUCUUGCCUGUAUUCUUCUACUGUAUUUGGUAAUUAUCACCCACAAAACAAAUAUUUGUAUGAUAUGUGUGAAUCAGAAUAACAGCAAGAUCCUGAAGUUACUCAAUUAAAAAAGGAAUGACUAUGGAUAGUUUGGUAUGUUAGCUAGUAUUUGGAAUAUCUCACAUACUCGGGAAUCAGAAUAGUUUUCCUCCAAGUUAAAAGUUUUGGGGUACUCAUGGGUAUACGAAUGCUCAACUCGCUUUAAUCAUUUGGUCUUGUCAUUCAAGCGUGCAUCCUUCCCAGUUUAAUACCAGCUUUGAUAAACUUGGUCAAUUCCAUUGUAACAGAAAUUUUAUAUAUGUCUCUGUUUUUAUAUGGUUUUCCACAUGGUUUUAAAAUUCUAAUUACAUGUUCAAUGGUUGCGGUCUCAAUAAAGGUCAUAAAUUAGAUUUUUUUUUAUUUAAUAAAACUAAAAUUGGUGAAUUGGCUAACAUGUUUUCCGGCAGUGACUUAUUUGUCAAGUUAUUAUUCCAACAUUAUCUGAUCUAAGCCAUGCUUCUCUCCGUGACCAGAUUAAAUAUGCUCAUACAACUUGUUGCCAGGCAAGAUCUUCAGGGGUGCUGGCUGAUAACCAGUAAGCACAUGCCUGUACUUGAUAUCGUACAGUGCUGAUAGUGAUAACAACAGAAAAUAGGACACCAAAUCUUGGAUUAGACCUCAAAAAGAAGAUCACUGUUACUCUGCUGCUUUCUCAAUAGACAAGUUACUUAAACUCGCCCAGAGUCUAAUAUGAUCCAAUGAUCUUAUAUUUGUCAGUAUUUUUUAAUUUUUUGAAUCGUUACUGUUAAUGCGAUACCUUCCUUGACCAGGUGCCUAGCUGUUGUUAGUUUCCAUAUUAUAUUUUUAACCCAGGAGUUUUAUAUAAAAUCGAGAAUCUUGAUGUCGAUUGGGGUGUAUGCAUGAUGUCACUAUAACCAAAAUGCACGUCCAAUCUUAUGCAAGUAUUGUUACAUCUAUUCUAGUUUAGUUAAGAGGUACGUGGUUGGUACAUUUCACACCAAUAAUGAAACUAAUGUUAACAUUCAGACAUUCAGUAAACCCGAGAUAAAGUUGGACACAUUUCAUAUUUUGAACCAGGCACUUUUGUAACACUGAAUGCAUCAGAAAGAGGUGGGUUUUCAUGCACAUGUAUAUUGGUGUGAAUUUUUGUCUCUAUUUUUGUUCAGUUUCACCCAAGUCCAGUCCACGCAAAUCGGCAUUUAACAGUUUAGCUUGCUAAUAAGACCAUGACCUCACAGUACCAUAUCUUGAGUUGAUAAGGACCCCAGUUUAAAAUACAAAUCCCCUAGCUAUUCACGAGUCCAUUCCACUUCCAGCUGUAAUGUUCCAUGUUAUCACUAUGUGCUGUAAAAAUGACCAGAAUGGUCUGAAAGGAUUAAUAUGUGAAUUAUAUUCAUGUGAUUAUUACAAUGCUGCUGUGAGGCAUCUGAAGAAUUUGUGAUUAAUACUGCUAUGAGAAAAAAGUUCCCGUCCUUAAUUUUUCGUGACCUGGAAGUCUAGAUUAUAUGUUAUCUCAUUCCUCCUGUUUUGUCCUGAUUCACUGGUGCUUUGUAUGUCAAGGCUUUAAUUCGGGUAAAAAUAUGCGUGUGUUGAGUUUCAAGGACACCACAUUAAUGACAACCAAUCAGAUAUCAGUUACACUGUUUUGCAAAAUUUGCAAUGAGAAUGAAUACUCAGGUGGGCGGUCCUCUGUUAACAUCUUCAAAUUUCUUUCCUUUGUUCUCAUAGUAAAACCUGUACAAGAUUUUUAAAAUCGGGUUGAAAAAUACAGACUUCCUAGAGGCAUUUCCCAACACGGUCAGUUGUAAAUUCUCUCAAAUGUGUAUUACAAGUAGAGAUGCAAAUUAUAACUGUUAUGCCUUAAAUGCCCCAUGAAUACAGUGUAAAAUGGCAAGGUGUUGUAUUGAUUUGGAACAAACUAAUACAUGUGUAUCAUAUCCUUGUGACAAACAUUGAAACUUGUGAGCGAUGUAAAUCAGGAGAAACGGUUAAAAGAGCAGGUGUACAUGUACUCUCUUCCAGUUAAAUAUGGACGUUGAUGUAUGUUCAAUCUAAAUUGGUCUGAUUAUGGGUAGGGUAUUGACGGCAAGCUUUCCUGUUUCUUUAAAUUCUGUGAUUUUCUUGCCUAGAUCUCAUACACUUCCAACAUUCUAAUACUGUUUUACGUAAUGCUGGUAGCCAAAUAUUUUCUUUAGUUUGUUCAUUGUUUUCAGAGAGUGGUUUCACAACAUGUCAAUUUUUGGUGAGCAGUUCUUCAGACAAGUCAGUGCUCAUCAAUUAGGCCCCCAAGCUAGAAAUUCCUGAAGAACUAACAGCGGUAAUUGUGCUGCUUGGUUGACACAAACAGAUGUAGGGAAUCAGUUAAUUCAAGAAUAGCCUAUUCAAUAUUCAGGGGCUGAACGUGUACCAUAAUUAGAAACCAUCCAUAGUACUCUUAAGUCGCUCGACUAGCCUUCCCGUAAAUGUUUCUUUUAUCUUUUAUUUUUAAGUGAGGGUUCUGCAAUUUUGAUAGUAUUUCGCUGACUUACCAGUAGCACCUACCCGAGAGCACCCAAAACAAACCAACUAAAUGACGGUUCAGCGAUAAGAGGACUAACUUACAUUAAUCUAUACCAGGUGUUAAAGAAGAUAGUCAGAAAUUAUAUGAAAUCAGUAAACUCUUGAUUUGGAAGGUAUCAAUCUUUGCAUGGUAUUGAACUCCAUUAUUGUGCAUAAAUGAUAAUAAAAAAUAUUGGUGCUUCUAUUCAAAAAAUACUAUAGAUUGCUCAGAUGUUUCCAUGACUUGUUCUUCAACUUCAUAUUCUGUGUGUUGUAAUAAGUUAUCAUCAACUUGGGAAUUCUGUUAAACAGUUCUGAAAACUAAUAGCACAAUAUUCAUGGAGUCAACAAUAGACUAAGAUCAAUCUAUUGUUGACCAUGUUGAUAAAUCCUGCACUAAAUAUGAUAGAACACAGAGAUGAAUCGCCCUUAAAUAGUGAUGUACUUUGAUACUGGGGCAUUUUUUUCUUCUGACUUCUUAAAAACUUGUCUAGUCUAUGGUAUCAUAUCUUGGGUGAAGAAAAACACUUGCAAAAUGUCAACAUAGAUUGUGAAAGUAUUCAGUUCUCUGGGUUAAUUCUGGCAUUUUAAGUGUUGACAUAUGGUUAUCUUUUCAUGUUGUUGUUAAAAAUGCGUAGUAGUAGUAUUUUUAUGAAUCUUGUUUCACUAUAUGGUUAAAGCUGAGAAUAAUAAUCUAACCUAUUCUGAAA